AUGGAAGCGUCACUUGCCGCCGCCGGCGCCGCCGUCUUGUUUCCUCCGCCGCGAAUCCGCAUCCGAAUCACCAAACCGAGCCCACUCCCACCCCCUCGUCGCCUCCAAUUCGGAACCUCCAAGAUCUGGACCUCCGGCUCGCGGGCAUGCGUGGCCGCGGCCUCCGCAUCCACACCGCCGGCGCCGGGAGGCGGGCUUUACUCGGCGGCGACUUACGAGCUGACCCCAGAAAACGUCGACCGCGUCCUGGACGAUGUCCGGCCAUACCUUAUCUCUGACGGCGGCAACGUCACCGUCGUUGCUGUCGAGGACGGUGUCAUCUCCCUCAAGCUUGAAGGAGCAUGCGGCAGCUGCCCCAGCUCGACGACGACGAUGAAUAUGGGCAUCGAGCGUGUGCUCAAGGAGAAGUUCGGCGACGCUUUCAAGGAAAUCCGUCAGGUGUCCGACGGGGAUCAGCCGCCGGCGGAGACGACGCCCGAGGCAGUGAACCGGCACCUGGACAUACUGCGGCCAGCGAUCGCGAACUACGGCGGGAGCGUGGAUGUGCUGGCCGUCGAUGGCGAGGACUGCCUGUGUUAUCUCCACGAAGCUUGGAGUCGAAUGGAAGCCACGAUGAAGCUCUGCAACUUUGCGACGGAGAGGAGCUCUGUGACCGGCAAGCCCCGUGAGCAGGAAGUGUCCGCUUGGCAUGAAGAGCCGAAAGCGCGUACAGUUUGGCCACCGGGAGCAGCAGUUCAGAUGGUCCAUGCCUAA